AUGCGCCGCUCGUCGGUUGCCGCGUCGUACAAUAAGUGCUUCGCCGCUACGGUGAUGAUGAUGCCGUGGUGUAUUACGGAUACGUUGUGCUCGUCGAUUGCUGCACCGUACUACGAGUGUAUUCGUCGCUGCGUCGAUGGUUUCGUUCGUAACGGUGGUCAGGAACGCAGCGCUCGUCGGUUGCCGCCUCGGGUGUUGAGUAUAUUCGCCGCCGUAUCGGUGUAA